CACCGCAAUCAUGGACCCCUAUUCCCCAGAAGGAGAGCUCAUCAACAUCCACUCGGCCUUCCACGCCGGGGCCUACCAACAAGUUCUCGAUUUCGACACCUCAUCCUUUUCGGCCUCCAAUGCGCUUCCCGUCCGUGUCCUAAAGCUUCGCAGCCAAAUUGCUCUCGGCCAGGCAGAAUCCGUUUCUAGCGAACUCGCAUCCGAGAAGACACCCGAUCUCGUCGCAGUAAAGUUGCUAGCAGACUACGAACAAGGCAAAGAUGUUCUCAGUCAGGCAAAGAAGUUGGCGGAGCAGAGUGGACAGGAGAACCUGGCUGUGCAGCUUUGUGUGGGCAUAAUCCUGGAGAGGGCAGGAGAGACGGAGGCUGCACUGGAACUCUUGAGCAAGCACCAAGGCAGCUUGGAUGCGGUAGCGCUCAUUGUCCAAAUCCACCUCCAACAGAACCGCACCGAUCUUGCCGCCAAGGAAGCACAGCGCGCACGGAAAUGGGCGCAGGAUAGCCUGCUGGUCAACAUUGCUGAGAGUUGGGUUGGCAUGCGCGAGGGUGGUGAGAAAUACCAGUCGGCGUUCUACGUCUUCGAAGAACUAGCUACAACCGCGCAAUCAACCUCUCCUCACUCUCUCGUCGCGCAAGCAGUGUCAGAACUACAUCUUGGCCGCCUGCCCGAAGCUGAAGCCGCUUUACAACAAGCCAUUUCCAUUGACGGUACCUCUGCCGACACAAUCGCCAACCUCAUUGUCCUCAACACACUUCUAGGCAAGAAGGAUGAAACAGAAAAGAUGAAGACACAACUUCAAUCCGUAGCCCCACAACACCGAGCCAUAGCAGACUGGGCUAGCAAGAAGGAUGAGUUUGCCAAGGCGGCUGCCAAGUACACUCCGCAGUUUGAACCUGUUUCGUAGAAGCGGGAUGGAGGAGUAGAAACGAGAGCGAUAGCUUACGAUUGAUUGAUGAACAACCUGUAGGGAGAUAUCCAAUAGAUGAUAAGCUGGCAAUGUAAACUAGUAAACAUUGGCCGGGUUACUACGAAUGAAGAAUCUAUCUAGUGUAUGGAUAGGCAUGUAUGUGGGGCACAGGGUAUUGAGCCGGUGACAUACAUGGCCAGCGGAGGUUCCUAUGGCGUAGACCUCGUGCCCUCUACAACUCAAAACGACCUCAUCUUUGAUACACCGGCUUUAUACCUACAAGCACGCUACCUCGUAUGGCAAAGCAUUCGGAGAUGCAUUUCGAUCAUCACCUUUAUUUUUCCAGAGUUUUCCCAAUCCCUAUUCCCCGCCCUCCCCGGCAACCUGUCUUUCCGGACGUCACAAAGCACACA